AACCUGAAACUCUCUCAUUUUGGCAGCAGGAAGGAAGUAAGCCAUGGCCUCCAUACAUCUCCUCCACAGCCCCAAAACCCUAACCUUACCCAAAUUCCGGUCGUCGUUCCCCUCCACCAUGGGCAUAGCCACCCGGUCGCUCUCAUUCCCCAAACCCAAACCGAAGACCAUCACUUGCGCAGCGACGCCGGCCACAGAUCGGUUAAUCUCAGCCGUCUCUUACACGCUGCCAUUCUUCAAUUCUCUGCAGUACGGUCGCUACCUGUUUCUCCAGUUCCCCAAACUGGGCCUCGUCUUCGAGCCGCUGCUGCCAUUGUUGGGGCUCUACAGGUCCGUCCCCUACUCGAGCUUCGUGGCCUUCUUUGCGCUCUAUUUGGGGGUGGUGAGAAACCCUAGCUUCAGCCACUACGCGAGGUUCAAUGCUAUGCAGGCGGUGACACUGGACGUGCUCUUGGUUCUGCCGCUGCUCAUUCAGAGAAUCUUCAGCCCGGGUCAGGCCGGUGUGGGCUUCAAGCUCAUGAUGUGGGGCCAUAAUGGUAUUUUCGUCUUCAGUGUUUUCUGCUUUGUUUAUGGGUUGGUUAGUUCUAUUUUGGGUCGCACUCCUUAUUUGCCCUUUGUUGCUGAUGCCGCCGGCCGCCAGCUCUGAGAUUCUCCGAUCGAGGAUGACAUAUCCACGGUUUAGUUUUUCAUGGGUGAUUGCAGAAUGCAGAUGCAGACACAUCCUAAAUUAUUAUAAACCUGUGUAAUAUCUCAAAUUCG